GACUGACUCGUAUGUGUGUGUGCAUGGGUCUAUGUGUAUGUGUAUUUGUGUGUUUCUCUUUGCUAAACCUUGAGGAAGCUGCAAGAGCUGCGACUUACAUCCUCUCUCUCUCUCUCUCUCUCUCUCUCUCACACACACACACACACACACACACACACACACACACACACAUAAAUGAUUAAAGCGCUUGGGAGAAGUGACGCGAUGCGCGCGGUUUCGCUUUAUCUUCAGCGUUAAACAGCGCGCGCGCAAACACAUACACACACACACACACACACAUACACAGACCGACGGGUCGUGUCUGUGAUUCAAACAGAGUGGCAUUUAAAUAUUCAGCUUUGGAUCGGAAGAAUAAGAAGACAAAGAAGAAGGUUAUCUAACGGAAGAAGAAUAAAGGACAUCCAUGACCUCAGAUUUCCAUCACGACAGUUUCAGGAUGCCGAAUAUAGGAUUUCAAAACCUCCCCCUCAACAUCUACAUCGUGGUAUUCGGCACCGCCAUCUUCGUCUUCAUCCUCAGCCUUCUGUUCUGCUGCUAUCUGAUACGGCUACGACACCAGGCGCACAAGGAGCUGUAUGCAUAUAAACAGGUUAUUCAGAAGGAAAAAGUCAAAGAGCUAAACCUGCAUGAGAUUUGCGCUGUGUGCUUGGAGGAGUUCAAGCAGAAAGACGAGCUGGGGAUCUGUCCGUGCAAACAUGCCUUUCACAGGAAGUGCCUCAUCAAGUGGUUGGAGGUGAGGAAGGUGUGUCCUCUGUGUAACAUGCCCGUCUUACAGCUGGCGCAGCAGCAGGGAACCUCAGAGACGACGGCCCUGACACAGCAGCCCUUGCCUGGGGUGGAGAACUUGGUGUAGCCUUGAUGUUCAUGUCUUUUCCUCUUCUUUCUCCUACCUCCACCCUCAAUUGCUCUACUAUACUGGUACACAACAACAACAACAACAACGACAUAAAGUGGUGAUGUCCUGCUUUUUGCACCACGGCAGAUCAGAUGGAUCAUUGAUAAUCAACAAUUCCAACCAAGAUCAACCCAACCAGUGGAGAUCCAGACUCUUCCACACCAAAGCACUUUUCUGGGGACACCAAGAGGAGCAACACGGACUAUUUAUAGAAGUGAUAGGAGAAGAAGGACGAUUCACAAAAAAGUGUGGGUUUUUUUUUGUUGUUUAUUUUUAACAAGCACUUUACAUGGACUCAACCUUAAUCUUAAUGGCUUGUGAAAAUGGUAGCAAGUUUUGUAUUAUUUCAAUUAACUGCAUCUAUUUUUAUUUUUUGUUCUUUAGCGAUGUAAACAAGCGAUAGAAUUACGAUUCAAGGAAUAUCACAUGAUAAACAAGGGAUGAGAGUUUUUCACGGUGCAGAAGGGACCGUAGGAAGCGAGUCCUCUCCCAUGAAGAAUCUGUUAAUGGAAUCGGAAAUAGAGUUUAAGUUCAGCUCCAGUGUCAUAGUGCAUUAGGAAGGCAUCCUGCAUGGAAAGAAGUAGCUCUUCUGGGCUGAUCCUAGACCAGUUUGGUGGUCAUAUUAUAGUUUGUGUAUCAGGGCAGAAUAGGAGCAUCUGAUUGGCUGGAAGGACUCAAGCAAAUGUGAGUUAGAAGAAGAAAACUUCAUGUUAUAGUACAGAAUUGUUUAUAUUUUGUAGUCAGUCCAUUAGCAGCAGCAGCAGAAACAAGUCCAAACACAACCCACCAAAUUCUUACAAUAGUCCAAUAUCAUUUGCUCAAAAGAAAAAACAUGUUUUGAAUCCCAAAAACAGUCCUGUUCUGAAGGUACUGGAAUCAUUUCAGUGUCCUUUGAGAUUGAAGACUCUUGAAUCAUUUACUAAACCCCUGAAUUAAGAAUCAUCAUAUUUAAGAUCAUUCCCGUUUUUAAGCUCUUUUGAUUUUUUUGCCGAUGUAAAUGAACAUUUUUUUACAUUUCAAUCGAGACUCGUUUGGUAUUUUAGUGACGAACAAAAAUUGGUAAUUGUUAUUGUAAUAUUUAACUUAACAUGUAAAUAGUGGAGAAAAGGAAAAACUUGUUGGGAAGGAAAAAACACCUAGCAAGCACUUAGCUAGCUAGCUGUUCGUUUCAGUUUGGAGUCGUUUCAUCAAUCUUGACUUUUUUUAGUCAUUUUAAGUGCCAAACAGGAGUACGCAAUCAUGCUAGCAUGUACAGAGUCAAGCUCAAUCAGCUAGCUCUUAGGAAGGGACUCGACUUGCACUUGGAGCCAUGUGCAAAAGAUUUUUCCAGAAGAAGGAGUAGUCUUGUGUCCUUGUUUGAACCAGACACACCAACCUCAACAACCCAACAGUGCACUAAAAUAUAAAGCCCAGUGCUGAAGUCAAGUGGGUCAUAUGAUCGCCCCAGACGAACUCGCAUCCAUGUGUGAACAGUGACGGUCCUGACUGUGAAGCCGGAACCAGAGUAUGCAAGGUCCUAGCAUGGAUCAGAAUGUGGUUCCAGCAAUUUGUAUGUGAUACACAAAGAGGUGUAAAUGCAUUGAGUGCAUUUGGCUGCAGCACUUCAGUCAGCACGUUGCACCUUUAUUGAAUCUGCGUUCUGGUGCUUUCACCAUGGCUGCAUUGUUCUCGCUGGAAAGUGCUGUGUAGGGCAUUUUCAAUGGAGGUCAGCGGCUUUAAAUAGAUCUUCUGGGUUAAAAUUAUAUGAAGCAGAAGGCUUUCUUUGUCGCAGUGCUGAAAGCUUUGCUCAUUUCACCGCUGCGUUCCAAUUCCGGUCUCCAUCCCAUUGCUUUUCACAAGAGACGUUAGGAAAAUCUUUCCAAAGUGUUCAGAUUAACAUCUAAUUUGUGGGAUUGGCCAAGAAUGUAUGCUCAGUUGACAGGAAUCCCAGCAUUGGUGCGAGUUCUUCAACUUCUUCUUCUUGUCUUUUUUCUGAUAAAUCGAUCAACCCAUGAAAAGACUAAUCAAACUGAAUUAGACUAAUACAGAAGAAAUAAUAGGAGUCUUCAGUGUUUAAACCGCAGUUAUCUAUGUCCCCGAUGUCUGCAAAAUACCUCAUCGUGUCUUUCGCAUAUCUGCGAGGAACACCGUGAGGAACGUUGGAGCCUCGACAGUGCAGCCUCUUUAAGCAAUAGUAUUAUAGAUGACUACAAACACGAAAUAAUACAUUGCUCUUGCUUCCUGACAUUAUAAUCAAUACACUACUGCCCCCUGCUGGUGUGGAGAGAUUUUUCUUAUUAUUCCUCCUGCACUCCUUAGCUCAAUAAUGUUUAAUAUUAGUGCAUCUUGAUAUCAUUAUUUAUGAUUAUAGGCACAGACUACACACUACUGCCCCCUCCUGAUGUGGAGAGGUUUCUGCUUUUGGGCUUCAUUUGUCAUAGUGUUUUGGAUGUCUCAGUCGGUGCUGGGUGUCUGACGAUGACUCUUGUGUGAGAUUUGAGUUAAAUGCCAUUUGGCCUCUUCUUCACAUCUGUUAAUAAACAUAAUCUACAGUGGAGUCGUCUUUAACUUGUUUGAGUGGUUAAUCGUCCAGAUUGUGGGCUCUGGCCAUAAUAUUGUAUAGUUCUUAUCUUCUCCCCAUCCUGUCCUGUGUUGUCCUGUCCUGUCCUGUCCCUCAUAAUUGGUGGUGUACAGUGUUUUCUUGCGUCCUGCCUCAUCACAAUUGUUUGACCUCUUAACCCUUGCACUCUCACACCCGCCCCCCAUGUUUAACACUGAUAUAAUGUUUGUGACACUCACAGACAUGGUUGUAAAACUAAGAAUUCUGCAGCAGAAUAAUUUUUUUUUUGGAGACAUUCUUGCUUGUACAGUAUUUGUAAGCUCUAUUUUUGUAUAUUUAAUUGACAUUUUGGAGAAAAUAAAAAGAGUAAAAAAGAUGGAAGAA